UAAGAUCCAGGAGUCUCCGCAGUUUGGAACCCAACACCACAUUUCCUAGAAUACUUGACGCCCUCGCAGCCCUCCUCUGGUUAUAAUGGAAAAGGGAUAUGCCUGGGAACUGUGCUGCUAAUAGAAGGAAGCAGAACGUCUGUUUUCCACUAACGGCUCCUGACUGGGGUUUGUUAUGCCCAGUCUGAAUGGCCUGGAACUUGGCCGCGGCUCUGGCCGCCCAGGGGUAAGGCGGGGGACCCAGCAGAGGCGGCUGCACCGCAAGGUUAUAGCGCUGAGCUGCUUCACGCUCUGGAAGGUGCCAGAGCGCGGGAGAUGCAGUGGUUGGUAAAGGCUGCUCGGCGCUAGUCAGAUGAGGCCCGGAGGUUCGCAUCUGCAGAUCCAUCUUUGGGUGUACAGUCUUUGGAUCCUCUUCUCAGCUCUAAAGAGGCGGUUCCAGCGGUCGGGUAGCUCGGGUGAACUGGGUUUAGCCCUUGUCACCGCUCGGAACUGGGCGUCCCGGGACUCCCAGUCCUUUGAGGUCUUGCUCAGGACUACAUUUCCCAAAAGGCUCCGCGGUGAUUGAAAGCUCUAUCAGCCUAUGGACGGGGGAGACUUCUCGUUCCAGAAACUGAAAAGCCAAUGGCAAGAGGACGGGGGCGGUAUUUUCCGGCUGCUGGCUGUCUUGUCUAGAGUCCCACCUGUGUCCCCACAGCCCUGUCACGAAUCCCAGUCGGGUUCUGGGCGGGACUGCCACGGCGUUGCUGGCCGGGUGCGGCUCGGCGGUGGAGGACUCUCACUUCGUGCUCCAUCCCGGGCUGGGCCCCGGGGCGGUGAGUGAUCCGGGGAAGGAGACUGCGGCUGCAGCCCGGCCUCUGCUGAGGGGCGUGGAUGGGGCUCGCCCGCCGCCCCGACGUUGUCUCUGCCGGGUCCCCACGCUCGCCUUUCCGAGCCCGCGGGUCUUGCUGAGGAGUGAGGAGAGGUAGCUGCGCUUUUCUCUGCCGGCGUCGGGAUAGCUCAUCCUCUUUUUUGGCUCCUCGGUGGUGGUCCUCUGGUUUCAGUUUAGCUUUGCGACCCUUUGACCGCUGCACCUAGAUUAGGGCCUACAGCACCGCGAGGGAGGAGAAUGGGUGUCGGCCCUACCCGUGCGGUCAUGUUCCUAUUAAUAAACCCAGUGAACAAACUAGUGCUUCUCACAAUGGCACUUAGUCACAGCACCUCAGCGGUCUAGGGCCUUUGAGGUCUCCUGUACGGCGGGGCAGGAGACCGGGUGGGAAACAGGGUUUCUCUAACCUUGGCUAAGAACUCUCCAUCCCGCUGUCUCCUGUAGAUGGGCCCUGCUGUUGGGUUUUGUAAUGGAUGGAGAAAUAAAAUGUAUGCUCAAAACUCAUUACAGUUUUCACUUCCUAAUGACAUUAUUUUUGUUUGUUAAGGUUUUAAACCAGAGAGAUGAAAUGUAUUCCCACAGCUUUUAGGCUCCUAAAAACCCAGUACUUUAUAAGUGACCAAUAGCAAUAUGUGUAAAUGCAUAAAUGUUUCCAUGAACAGUGUGUGUAUUCUAGUAGUACACAGGUGCUCUGAUUGGUGAGACAAAAGGUGUGAAAGAGUAAAAGUUCCUCACCCCGGUCUGAUCCAUCCUCCACUGAAAUACAGAAUUCUUUUUAGCAGGUUCAUCUGUUCAAUCAGCUGGCUGACUGUAUUUGUUUUUAGUGGAAACUCUUUAAGGGGGAAAACAAACAAAAAAACAAACAUUAUCCUAUAUUACUUUGUGACUCCUAAUGCCUAACAGAAUAUUAAUUACUGAAUAAAUUACUGAUGCAUCCAGUAACCUGACCAUCUCCCCCCAAAUAAUUUUUUCAUGAUAGUGAUGUUAAUUUUAUUAAUGUGUUAAUGAUUCUUUUCAGCCCCCAAGCAUUUUGUUUUGUGCUUAUCGCCAUUGAAUUUCACUUAAUUUUACAGCUUAUCCAUGUUGUUUUUUAAAAUCCAUGUCUUUUUAAGUCCCAUUUCUGACUGCAUUAAACCUUGAAAUAGAAUGAUACCUAGGGCAGUUCCUUUUGGGCUUCUGCAUAGUUUGUCCCUUGAAAUUGACACUAAAUCUACAAGCCAGGAAAAGUCAGCUAUUCUCAUAACUAAUAUGAAUGUAAUGAAGUCUGCAAUUUCCUACCUAGCUGAGGAAAAUGUAGUUGGAGAGAAUCCAAAGCUUUCCAGAAAUCGAGUUAUACCUGUGCACUCUCUCCUCUGUUUAUCUUGUCCAUCAUGGACAAUUUGUUCCUCAAAAAGUUAAUGUCUCCAAAAGACUGAGGGUUCUGCAGAUGUGUUUGGGAGGCCCAGGCCUCAUUUUGUGAUGAGAAAGUUGGCCAAAGGAAAGAUUAUGUUAAAACAGAAUAAGAAAAGCAUCCCUUCUGUGGUUCACAGCAUUUACCUCAGAGCUAUUCUGGUCAGCAGGUUUUGUUUAGGAACUGAUGAUGUGGCUGGGGACUUCAGGGACGAGUGGGUUACCUGGACACUGCUUAGCGAGUCCUCUUCAGGGAUACCACCCAGCACAGUUAGAAGAAUGGGCUCUCAAAGGGAUUUCUAGACCAAGUGCAAUCUCCCAGCUAGAGCAGAAGGAAGAGCCAUGGGUCCUACCACUCCAAAAUUUUGAGGCGAGGAAGAUCCUGAGGGAAAGUCACACAGACUUUAAGAAUCAGGUGGUAAAACUCAAUCAGGACAUUUCUGAAACAGCAGAACAAUGUGGAACAUCCUCAGAAAGGGCCAAUAGAGAUAUUUCUCAUACUCCUCGUUGGGGAGGAAACUGGGAGAGGGGUCUUGAAUUAGAAGGGCAGCAUGGAACCCUUCUAGCAGAGGGCCAGCAGGAGCCCUUUUCACAGGAGAAGGAAUUAAACAAGCUCCUGGAAGGAUAUAUAGGAAAGAAGCCGGUGUGUGCAGAAUGUGGAAAAAGCUUUAACCAGAGUUCCUAUCUCAUAAGACACCUAAGAACCCAUACCGGUGAGAGGCCUUAUAAAUGCAUGGAGUGUGGGAAAGGCUUCAAACAGAGUUCAGACCUUGUCACCCACCGCAGAACACACACAGGGGAGAAACCCUACCAAUGCCAUGGAUGUGAGAAAAAAUUCAGCGACAGCUCAACCCUCAUCAAACAUCAGCGAACCCACACAGGUGAGAGACCCCAUGAGUGCCCAGAGUGUGGGAAGACUUUCGGACGGAAGCCACACCUCAUAAUGCACCAAAGAACCCACACAGGAGAGAAGCCCUACACGUGCCUCGAGUGUCAUAAAAGCUUUAGUCGCAGCUCCAAUUUCAUCACCCACCAGAGGACCCACACGGGAGUGAAGCCUUACAGGUGUAAUGACUGUGGGGAGAGUUUCAGCCAGAGCUCGGAUUUGAUUAAGCACCAGCGAACCCACACAGGAGAACGGCCCUUUAAGUGCCCGGAGUGCGGGAAGGGCUUUAGAGAUAGUUCCCAUUUUGUGGCUCACAUGAGCACUCACUCAGGAGAAAGGCCGUUCAGUUGUCCUUACUGCCACAAAAGUUUCAGUCAGAGCUCGCAUCUGGUCACGCACCAGAGGACACACACAGGUGAGAGGCCUUUUCAGUGUGACAGCUGUGGGAAAGGAUUUGCCGACAGCUCUGCCCUCAUCAAGCACCAACGGAUCCACACAGGAGAAAGACCCUAUAAGUGUGGCGAGUGUGGGAAGAGCUUCAAUCAGAGCUCCCACUUCAUUACCCAUCAACGAAUCCACUUAGGAGACAGACCCUAUCGCUGUCCUGAGUGUGGCAAAACCUUCAAUCAGCGUUCCCAUUUUCUCACACACCAGAGAACACAUACGGGAGAAAAACCGUUUCACUGUAGUAAAUGUGACAAGAGCUUCCGACAGAAGGCACACCUUUUAUGCCAUCAGAACACCCAUUUGGUCUAGGAAAUAGUCUUUAAUGGUUCUUCUCCUCCCUUCCAAAUUUCCAUUGCUAUUGUCUUUAAGCGCUCCAAACAGAGAAAACCUGAAACUGGGUGUCAGCGGCUCAAGUCGGGCCCUGAUCUGUUCUCUUUUUCCGUGCUUUAAUGGCGAGGAUAAACCGACAGGGUCCAAAUAAUGUUCUAAACACAAAAGGCAUUCCUUCAGUGUUUUUGACUGACUCUUAGACAGAAAAAUGUGAGUUUAAUGCUUGAUGCCUGGUUACUAAAAGAGAAAUGAGAUAAAUGUAGUCACAUUCUCAUCAUUAAUGAUUCAUAUUUGAGAUCUUAUACAAAGCCCUUGAUGUAAUGCCUGGCCUUUAGAAGACACUCAAUACAGGGUUGGUUGCUCUUAUCGGCCUUAUUACUCAAUAAGGAAUUUAUUAUUGCAGCCCCACAAACCCAGAACUUGCAAGAAAUUAGACUGGAACUAGAAGAUUCGGGGUGUGAACACAUAGAUUUAAUAAAACAGAAAACACUCUCCUAAUCCAGUGCUAUGCAGUCACCAGAUGUCUCAUUGCCAUGACAAGGCAGAAUUAUCGUAGAGGAUGUCUGCAGUCUUGUGACUUGGAGCCUAGAAGAAUUUCAGAAGCUCUUUGUACAGCAGUGUAUGAGGUACUCCCCCUGGAGGUUUGCUGCCCUCUGAGGCAUAGAAAAUAUCCUGUGAUGAACAGCCCAGAGGAACCUGGAUGAGGACUGUAAAAUUGUGGAAGCAAAGUUGCUGAGAAUGUUAAAUGAUUUUGCAGGGAUCCUUCCUGGCAUUUAGCUGAAGGAUGUAACCCUUGUUUUGUCAUUUGCUGGGUCACUGGCCCUUUAGUUUUAAGUUAACGCAAGUCUCUGAUCCUUUUAGGGUCAUUCAUUUUAUGCACUAGUAUAGUCCUCUAUUUAAUUGAAGAAAUGGAGGGAAGGCAGUGUGUUGGAAGGCACACCGACUUCGUUGAGAAGGUGAGGUAUUUGUGUCUUGGCCCCUUGACACCUAAUUUGGCCAGACUUUCCCCUUCUCUCAGGCCCUACCUUACUUACCUCACAAGGUUAUUGUGAGGAUCUGAUACAUAUACACGCACAUGCACACACACACAAGCACUUUGUUGUUAAACUAUAAAGUGUAAUACCUGUAAAGUUUAAUGUUACGGUAUUGUUGCCAAUGUCUUUUCUUCCAAGGAGCUGUGGCUAAUUUUCCCCAGGUGUCCCACUUUCUCUCAUAUUGAGGGACUUCUUUUUUUACCUAUUGAAAACCUAAGGCCUUCAAAUGCUCAACUCAUUAUGUGACUCAUUAUGGGUCACAUGAUGAACUAACGGGAGAGCCAGGAUCUCUCUGCAUGUCUCCUCUUCAACAACAUGGAACAGACCAGCUCUGGGAUUUGUUGGAGUGCCUCUGAGACACCACAGGCCUGGAGGACCCAUAUUAUAUCCAUCAAACCACUCUGAAUUUGGAAAUGAUGGAGGGAUGUAGCCUAAGUUCCCGAGAGCUUUACAGGGUCCUGUGUUGGGGUCCUCGAUCCUCAUGGCAGAUGUAAGUGGUUAAGGAGGGAGUUGGGUGUUGAACCCUCUGGAGAGAAGAGUGGGGCACUGAAGGUGUUUUCUUUCAAGCUUUCCUGUGUCAAUACAGACUAAAUUAAUACAUCAGCCUUGGAACACUAGUUCUCUUCCAUUAUAUGGAGUGCCACCUGAGUGCUGUAACUCAUGGGGGCAUAGAACUCAGCUGAUAACCUAAACUCUUUCUUUAAUAGAUAAUUGAUCAGAAAAAAAAAAAAAAUCUGGUUAAUCCAGAGCUGUAAAUUCUUAAAAUGUGAGCCCAGACCAGUAGCAUUAUCAUCACCUGGGAACUUGUUAGAAAUGCAAAUUCUAAGUCCCCGCCCCAGACCUACUGAAUUGGAAACUCUAGGGGUGGG